AUGCUGUAUUUCUUAACAUCAUAUAUACAUUCAGAAGUUGUUAGUUGUGUUGGAUGGAUGACAGCUGAUGACGUAUUCUCUGUUGGUGAAGAUCAUGUCAUUUAUAAAUAUAAUGUUGUUCAAAAUGAAGUUAUCAAAAUUGCUGAAUUACCACCAGAACUAUUUCCGUUGGAUAUGCAUUGGCUACCAAAAGGUGCUAGUGGAGGAGCUGGUACGGGUGGUACAAAAAGAACUCUAGGAUCAGAUUUAUUUGUAUUGGGAACGAGUGAUGGAAAAUUUUGCUUUGUUAAUAAAACUGGACGUGUUGAAAAAGUUAUCGAUGCUCAUCGAGGUGCAACAAUUUGUGUUCGUUGGAGUCCAGAUGGCAGUCAAUUUGCAACAGGUGGAGAAGAUGGGCAAGUUCGAAUUUGGGCCAGAUCUGGAAUGCUUCGAUCGAAUUUAGUUCAAUCAGCAACGCCCGUGUUUUGUGUUUGUUGGUCAGCUGAGAAUGAUUCUAUUCUAUACUGUAGCGGAAAACAUCUUAUAAUCAAACCAUUAUCACCAAAUGCCAAACAAAAUGGUUGGAAAGCUCAUGAUAAUGUUAUUUUAAAAUGUGAUUGGAAUAUUGUUAACGGUUUGAUUAUAUCUGGAGGAGAAGAUUGUAGGUAUAAAGUGUGGGAUACUGUCGGUCGACAAUUGUUUGUAAGCCAAGCUUAUGAGUAUCCAAUUACAGCUAUUUCUUGGGCGCCAGACGGUUCGAAUUUUGCCGUUGGCUCUUAUAAUACAUUGCGUCUUUGUGAUAGUGCUGGAUGGUGCCAUUCAACAGAAAAACCAAAAUAUGGUAGUAUUUAUGGCUUAUCAUGGUCCGGUGACAGUACGCAAUUAGUUUGCGGUUGUGGUACGGGUCGAGUGGGAAUUGGACAUAUAAUUGAACGUCGAAUUGACUGGCGACAUUUAGAAUUUAUUUUAAGCGAUUCAAAAGUAAUAUCUGUGAAUAAUUGUGAAGAAGAAGGUUUAAAAGAUAAAAUUGAAUUAAAAGAUCGUCUAGUUAAAAUGUCCGUUGGAUUUGGUUACUUAUUGGUUUUAACAAGUAGUCAAGGUUUAAUUUACAAUUGUAAAUCUUUCGGUCAUCCGGCAAUGUUUGACUUACGUGAUAUGUCAAUGACUUUAAUUGUUCAGGCAGAAAAAUAUUUUUUAUUGUCAGAUGGUAUUAAUGUAUCAAUUUAUUCUUAUGAAGGACGACUUGUAGCCACUCCAAAAUUGAAUUCAUCAAAACCGGAUUCAAUUAAUAUCAAUACAAUAUCAUUAAGUUCAGAUACAAUCGCCAUUCGAGACUCAACAGAUACAAAAUCUAUCACAUUCUUGGAUAUCAAUGGAAAACCAAUAGGAGAUGGAAAACCUAUACCACAUUCGUACGAAGUGAUACAAAUUGCACUUGAUCAAACUGGAUCACAAAAUGAACGAAAAUUAGCAUUUGCCGAUAAAUUUCAAGAUUUAUUUAUAAUGCUUGUACGAUCAAAUAGUCAACGAACAAUGAAUCAAAGAAUAAAAAAAUUAUGCACGAGUGUAGGAAGUUUUCGUUGGAAUGAUAAAAAUUCAAUGUUAGCGGGAAUAGCAGAUGGAAAAUUAAAUAUAUGGUUGUAUCCAAAUGUUGUUUUCAUUGAACAUAAUCUUGUUCAAAGAACAACAUAUCAUUUAGAUUCCAGUGAUUUUGGAAAAAAUCCAUCAAUAUCAGAUUUUCUUAGUAGUAAUAUAACAAUAAGAAAAUCAACCGGAGCACUUAUGCAAUGUUCAAUACCGAUCUAUUAUGAAUUAUGUCUUGAUCUAUUGGCAGCUAAUCGUGCAGACGAAGCCUUUCAAUUAUGUCAAUAUAUAUCCGAUGAUACAAUUUAUGCAUUAAUUGCUGUCAUAUCAUUACAUAAUCAUGAUUUUGAUUCAGCUGAAAAUGCUUUUGCACAAUUAUCAGAAAUGGAAAUGGUUUACUGUUUACAACAAUUAAGAACUAUACCAACUAAAGAAGAGCGAGACGCAGAACUUGCCUUAUUAGCUGGUGGAAAUAUUCACGAAGCUGAGGGUCAUUAUCUUCAAGGAAAUAAACCAUUACAUGCCAUUAUGCUUCAUAUUAAUGAACAUAACUGGGAUCGUGCAAUUGAUUUAUCACAACGUUACCCACAAUAUUUGGAUAUUAUCGUUGGUUAUAGACAAAAGUAUCUACAAGAUUAUGCUGGUGGAAAAAAAGAAACGAAUCCAAAAUAUUUGCAGGCAAUGAAAAAUAUCGAUGUUGAUUGGGAUAAGAUUGAUGCUAAACUAAAGAAAGAAUUGGGAGAAACAAAUAAUUAUAAUAUGAAUUAUCGAAGAGAACAAUCCGGCUCUAAGAUCUCAUCAAACAAACGAGACGAUGAACAUACAAUUCCACCACCAUCACGUCAAUGUAUGUUGAGUGAACGACAAGAUUUUGUCAAUAAUCCUGCACUGAUGUUUGAUGAUUUACCUCAACCAUUUCGACGAAUAAAUAAAAUUUUAGAAUCAAUAUUAGAUGAUGUUUGGUCACAAACUCAACAACGUGAGAAACAACGAUUAUAUGAUCUAUCAAAAUAUGCUCCGGUACAGCAUAAAUCGUCAACAGACAUAAAAGUUGACUUUCCAGUAUUUACCGUUGGUAGUGCAUAUAAUGGAAUUCAACUAGAUGAAAUAAUUACAAAUACUCGAUUGGAUAAUACAAUGAGUUUGAUCGAUCAUAUGGAAGUUUCUAAAUAUGGAUCUGAAGAGGAGGAAAUCUAUUUUAUUAGUGUCAUUGAUCAGCAAGGUAAUAAUGAAUAUUGGCUAGAUAUUUAUAAAGUUCCAAAAGAACAAUGGAAAAAUGAGAUAAAAACACAAGAAGAAUCGUUAAACAGUGUAAAAGAGAAUCUGUCUGAACAGCAAUCAACAAUGAGUUUAAGCGAACAAACGGAAGACAUAAAACAGGGUAAAACUCUUGUACGCGGACAAUUUACUCGUCCAAUACUCCUAUUCAAAGUGAAAGCUCCAAAGUUCGGAAAUGGUACAAAUAAUUUUCCACAGCUAAUGAAAGCGACUGAUAAUCAAUUAAAUAUUGGACAAGGAACGAGUAACCAUCUGUACACUCAACAAAUUAUUGAUACAAAAUCGAAACUAGUGCAAGAACUAGGAACUGGCAUUGAUCAACAAACACUGACAAAUCUUGACGUUGAUGGACUGACAACACCAAUAAGCCCAAAUGUCUUGUUUCUAUCAGCCUAUCCAAAUGACAAUUCAUCUGAUACACGUCCUCUAACAAUCUGGCCAUUUUCUAGUCGAAUAACGAGCAUAGGAUAUGAUACAAAUCUACAACGAUUGGCAGUUGGUUUGCAAACGGGUGUUGUUUGUGUUAUUGAUAAAACACAUGGUAAUCAAAUACCGUUAAUUAAAAGCAUUAGUUCAGAACCAAUUAAACAAAUUAAUGUCAUUUCUACGCCAGAUGAAACGAGUUUGUUUGCCGUUUUAUCCAGUGAUGGAAAAGUUCAUCAUAUUAAAUACCGAGCAAUGAUUGAUGACGAAGAAAAUUUUGAUCCACAUGAUACGAUUUGUUUACCAAAGGCUCAAAGUAAAGAUGCAUCUAAAAUAACACGUACAAUCUACUUUGAUAAUCAGUCUAACCUAUUUCUCACCAUCAAUGAGAAAAAUCGUCUUUAUAUUAAUGACAGUUUAGAAUGCAAACAACUAUGUGAAAUUGUUUUACCCAACAAUGGCAAUGUUGAUAAUAAUGACUAUAAAAUUUUUUUAGUAGACAAUGCACGCUAUUUAAUUAUUGGAGAUUUUAAUGAUGAAAAUCAAAGUUCAGUUGUUCAAACUACAAUAGAUUCUUCACCAUUGCAUCUUUUUCGUGUGCCAUUAGAACAUUUUCCAUCAAUUGAAAAAUAUUAUCCCAUCAAAACUUCGAUUAAUAACGAGGAAGAGCACGUUCGAGAACAUCAACAAUCAAAAACGUCAAAGAAACGAACAUCAGAAAUCGAAAAAGUAUCAUUAUUAGAAGAAAGAAUUAAAAAUAUGUUCGGCAGACGGCAAGAUAUGGCGUAUGAAAGACGUGAACGUUUGCGUAGCCGAUGGCCCGAAAUCAGUAAACAUUUUAAUCCUAUUUAUGAUAUUUCAACCACAACGACGUAA